UUUUUUUCCUAACGUUUUGUCUUGCAAAAGGUGUCGCAGGUGGAGGCUGCAGCAGAGAAAAUUGAUUUGAAUGUUAUCUUGUUUUUUUAGCUCAGGCUGAGAGUUACCUUCUGGGCUUUAGAUGGAACCAUGUGUCUUUGUUAACUGCAUGUAUCUGACCCUGGCUUCCAUUAGAGCCCUCAUUUCAUUUUCCCCUUGGUUUUUCUCCAAUAAUAAGGACAGUGAAAUUAAAAUGUGAUUUAUUUUCCUACUUUGCUUCUCAGCUGGAAAAGUGGGAGCUGGGGUUGUCGUCAUGCAAUGGCCAUUAUGGAGAACAGCCAUGGAUAUGUGCUGUAUGCAUCCUGCCUGUGUCACAGUGCCAUGUGUGGGGCAGAGCUCCUUAUCAGUGCUGUAUGUGGUCACACUGAGUCAUUAGUGCAGGUGGAGAACGCUGACUGAUGUCAGUGCCACAAGGAAUGGGACUGGAGAGGAUGAACAUUGGUUGUCAUGAGAUUGGGGCACUGAAAUAUACUUUUGUUCCACCAGUCCAUGUGCUGGAGUAAAGGUAUUAAGGUAUAUUUAAGUGCUUCCAGCACUGGAACUUACAGCUGCAAUUCUGACCAGUACCGAAUGGGAAAGCUGCUUCCCAUGGGUGGAUUGAAUAACAUGGUGUAGUUGCACCCAGUGUGUAGGUAUGAGUUAAAAUUUUUGGAGCAGCGUUGGUAAUUGAGCAAGUGAUGCUUGUAAAAGUAAAUGCUUUCAUUUAAUGAUGGGCCUCUGUAAAUAACAUAUGCCAUAGAAAUGACUCAGUAAAUAUAUUUGCUCUCUUAGUGGUUAUACAUCACGUCAAAGGGCAAUGAGGAAAACACAACCAGCAGAUUUACAGAGAUCUCUUGGUGAACUACUGUAGCUUAACCUGUUCUGUAAUUUAAACCAUUGCUUUUCAGUUUUAUUCCGCUUAAUAUAGCAUAUCGUACUGCUUGUGAUAACAUUUUCUAGAGAGUCCAGCAGUAUUUCCUGGAUACUACGGAGUAAUUAAUCACACUUUGUGUUAUUGUGUGCUUCAGUAUAUGCAGUUAUGGCAUUCUAGGCCCUUGGUAGUUCACCUUAGAGAAUGAGGUGAGCUUUUAUAUUGGUAAUGUUUGAAAACACAUUGUAAAACGUUACCUCAGUCUUCAGGUAUUGAGAAAUAGGCACUUUCACUGCAAUUCUUUCUGAGCAUCGCUCCAUCCUGCUUUAGGCUGUAGAACUAAGAAAUGACUGUGUUUUGUAUUACAUGAGCCAUUUUAGGACAGUGGAGCAGAGCUGCAAGAACAAGGAAUGAUGUUCUUGUUUGGCACAGGUGCUGCCAAUUUUUCUUGAUGCAUUACAGCUGUAUGAGAUACCUUGUGGGGGUGGAGUCUGGGAGUCAGAGAGUGCUGGUAAUGGACAUAUUAUACAUAAUGUCAAGAGAGGAAAGGCAGCUGCCUAAGGUUGAAGCAGUCUCUGUGAUGUACUACAGGUCUGCUGGACAUACUGACAACAAGGCAGCAAUGACUUUUAAAGCAGAGAUGGCUGGUGCUUGGGUGGUAGGUGCUUUCAGAUGCCCAGAUGUGCAUUGUAUAGGCCACUUACAUCGAAACAAACUUCAAGGCUAGAAUGCUGAGUGGGUUGACAAAAAUCCUUUAAAUUUCCAUGAAGUCAGAAACGCUUUCUAAAACAGUAAUGAAAACAGCUUGAUCUUGCCUACCCUUAAAUUAGCAUUUAUGCUAUUUUCAGCAAUUAUGCAAGUCUUGGUGCUUUUAACUUCCAAGUAGAAACUAUUUUUUUUCUUUAAGUCUGCAUGAAGAUGAAGAUGGUCGGAACAGGAUGUUGUGCUGAAUAAUUUUCAAAUGAGCCUCAUGAGUGCAGGCAGUUGAGCAUGGCUCUGCAGCAUGAAGAUGUGUUAGCAAAACUCAAGCCUCCUCAUCAAAAUGCUCACAAUUUGCCAGAGUACACUCCAAAAAGUGGUACAUCUUUUUCCCUUCUAAAACCCCUCAAUUCCUGAAUACCUGUCAUUCUCAGAUACCCACAGAAAGCAUCUAAAAAACUAUUAUUUUUAAAUUAGGAAGUUUAGGAACCUUUCUCUUUAAGUGGUGUGUUUUUGUCUCCUUAUCUGACGGGGAGACUUGAAGAGUAGUUGAAAGCAAAAUAAACAGGCACUGCGGUUUGCAGACCUAGAUCUCUCUAUCUCCUACAGCCUUGAGGUAACCUGCAUCAUUGUGGCCCUGUGGUAAAUUACAUCAGGGAAGCAGUCCAGGUUAUAAACAUGCAAGCAAAAAAAGUGAGCUUCCUCUUAGAUCAAGCCAUCUUUCUAUCUACCUCACAGUGCCAAACACCUUGUAUGUGCUGUCAGUGUAUUUACAAAAUACAGAAUCCAGUCUGAGGCCAUGGGUAUCUGCGCUCUGACUUUUAUCAGUCUCUGAAGAGGAUUCCACAGUGUUACUGGCUGCUCACUUUGUUUCUGGUUACUGGGGCUUGUCUUGAGUGCUUGCUUGGGAUGUGGUUUUCCUGGUCCUGAGCUCUUUCUUUGCCCCUUUUCUGAAGGUAUUUCAGAUCAGAUUGAUUGGAGUCUGAUUUAGUGCCCAGCUGCGCAGCACUGCCCACAGCAGGGGGUUGGAACAGGUGGUCUUUGAGGUUCCUUCCAGCACAAACCAUCCCAGGGUUCCCUGGAGGCAAAGAUGAUUUGAGGACUGGAGUGCUCUAAAGAAAAACUGAGAAAGAUGGGGUUAUUUAAGUAGGAGAGGGCACUGGGGGAGACCUUACAGUCGCCUGGUAUUUGAAGGAUGACCACAGGAAAGAAGGGGAGAGAUUCUGUUGGGGUGCAUACUGACAAGACAAGGGGUAAUUUUUAAAUUAAAAAUCGGGGGUUUAAGGGAGAAAUUCUUCACUCAGAAGGCGGUGAGGCUGUGGAUGCCCCGUCCCUGGUAGGUGCUCACGGCCAGGCUGGUUGGACUGCCUGCUGUAGCCGAGGCUGCUAUUCUCCUUGGCUUUUGCUCUUCCCGAUAAUCAGCGUGCUCUCUGACCUCGGGGGCCCUGCAAACAGAGCGGCUCCGCCAUCACCGCACGCAGAGCCCGCUGCAAUCGGGGCAGGGCCGAUGCAGGUGUGCGCCCGCAGCGCUAAGCGGAUUCCGCGAGGCCGCGCCCGUGCCGGCGGCAGGUGAGGAGGCUCGCGGACGGGCGGGCGUCGACCGCGGCACGGCCCCUCGCUGCGGAGGGAGGAAGGAAAUACCGCUAUGAGGCUGCUCCUGCUGGCGUGCCUCCGAACGCACACCGGCAACGCGACCACGGCGGCCAGGAUACAGAGUCAUCUGCACGAUGCAGGUCACAUCUGCAUUCUCAAAGAUGCUUCCAGGUGUGAAAGUCUGACUGAAAUAGCGAAUCUAACCUCUGCAGAUCAAUUUGAUGCAGCCCUGGCCAUUCAUCUUUAUAAAGGAGGCAGACAUCUGCAAGGUAGCAGAAUUCCUUUUGGAAUCAUCUUUGGAGGAACAGAUAUAAAUGAAGACAUCAGAUGUGAAGAGAAACGUCGGGUAAUGGGAGCAGUGCUAGGAGAAGCCAGGUUUGCCGUGGCUUUCACGACGAAAAUGAAGGAACUGGCAGCAGCAGCGUGGCCAGAUGCUAGCAAGAAAAUAUAUGUCCAAUAUCAAGGAAUCAGGACUACUCCCAUUGAAACAUUUGACUGGUGUAGAUUUCUACAAAAUGCAGACAUUCCUGCAGAUACAGAAGAUUUACAUAUAUUUCUCCUUAUAUGCGGACUUAGAAGAGUCAAAGACCCUCUGUAUUUAGUAGAUGAAUUCUCAGAUUGGCACAGAAAGGACCCCACUGUUCACCUGGGCAUUAUUGGACCUGCAGUCGAUCCACUUCUAACACAUGAGAUGAAGGAGAAAAUCAAAAGGGCACCUGGAGUACAUUUAUUACAGGAGAUGCCACAGGAUGAUCUUCAUGCUGCUAUGAGAAGGUGCUUUGCUGUAGUGAACAGCUCCAUUUCAGAGGGGAUGUCUGCUGCAAUUCUGGAGGCAAUGGACUUGGAUAUUCCAGUGCUUGCAAGGAACAUUCCUGGAAAUGCAGCAAUAAUAAAACAUAAAGAUACAGGACUGCUAUUUUCAGAUCCCCAGGAGUUUGUUGUGCUGUCCAAGCGUUUGAUGGAUGACCCCAUUAUGAAAAGAGAAAUUGUAACAAGGGCCAAAGACUACGUGAAGAAAUAUCACUCAUGGGAAUGUGAGAGAAAAGCCUAUCAGAAUCUUGUCCUAAGACUCCGGUGAACUGCCAGACCCAGCAGUCUGUGUAGAGCACUUUCAUGAUGGAAAUGUAAUUAGAUUUGGGUUUCUCUGGGUUUCUUUUUGGAAGAGAUAGUAAGAUAUGCAUUAUUAUUCUAUUCAAAUGCAGCAACAUCACAGGAGUUGCCUGCUACUUCAAACUAUCAAAUUUAUCUAAUUCAGCACACUGUCUCUAGUGUACCAAUUCAUCACAGACCAGUAUCAGUUUGUAAGAUCACAUAGAAGAAAUAUAUUCCUUGAACAGACACAUAUUUUUUGUGUAAAGUCCUCAGAAGGAGGAUGAUUUCUUGUAUACAGUGCAGCACUUCACCACCAAGAGCUUAUGUUAGAUGUUGUGAUCUUGUUGCAUCCUAACAAAAUGCAGUAUAGAAUCAUUGAAGCAUAGAAUGGCUUGGGUUGGAAGGGAACAUAAAGACCAUCCAGUUCCAACCCCCUGCUGUGGGUAGGGUUGCCAACGACCAGAUGAGGCUUCCAGGUCCCCAUCCAACCUGGUCCUGGACACUACCAGGGAUGAGACAUCCCCAGCUUCUCUGGUCAGCCUGUACCAGUUCACCAAUUUCCUCAUAAGAAAUCUCCACCUAAUAUCUUAUCUAAGCCUCCCUUCUUUUAGUUUAAAGUCAUUCCUCCAGAAGCAGUUUUUCUUUCCACUUAUACCAAUCUGAAUAUGGUUGGGUACGUGUGACAUGCACAAUUCAAGUACAUAAAGCCAUGACUAAAUAUACAGAGUACAAGAUUAUUAAGAUGAAAGCUUCCUUCAGACUAAAAGACAGAUGUAUCUAUUGAUAUAGUUAUCAAUGUAUACAUCAAUUAGCAGUGUUGAUGCUUAGGGAAAACAAAAAAUAUAGGAAAUGUUUUUUACUGCCCUACAGGCACCUGGAUUCCUUUCAGCUAAGCUGGUAUGGCUGAACAGUCACAUGUCUGCAUUUUCUCUUGAGUCCUGAUUGUAACCAUGUGGGUUGGCACAGCACCCAAGGGCCAUACAUGGUUUCUCAUUCCAGAAUUGCAUGGUACUGCCCUCGGCAGCAAGAUGUGCUCGCAGGCAGAGAUGCUUUGUUACAUAAACUACCUCUUAAUUUGCCAGUUACUUUGGUACCUUGGUUAUUUAUCUAUUUGCUAAAAGAUUUAUGAGAGCUAUAAAAAGGAAUGAAGGGGGGAACAAAAAGUAUUUUUCAGUUUACCAUGUAUUUUGGAACUGUUCAUUCUCAUUUGUGGUUCUCAGGAUAUAUUUUAACGUACUGCAGUAGGCUAUUUUAAAAGGAGACUUAUCUAUACUUGAAGUCCAUGCUAAUCAUUUUGGCUAGCACAGUGAUUAUGGACAUAUCUUUGAUUCCAUAACUGGUCAUCAAAGAACAAAGAACAUCAAAUAGAAGAAAGAGUGUCAUACUUUCAAUUCUUACUGACAAACUGUAUGCUUUGUACAGAUUUGAUCCCGUCCCCUUGACUGUGAAUUUUCUAUUGAUUUGAAUGGCUAUUCUGUCUGACUUUUCUUUGUAAUAAUGGAGUUCUGUCUUUUAAGCUUUCCUCUGUAUUUUGAAUGUUUUGCAACCACUGGGAGAGUAAACAAAAAAGGAAUUUGAAUGUUCUGUGUUGACUUCUCUAAAACAUUUUGCCCUUUCGCUUGUAAUGCGCUCAGCAUUGCCUUCGAUAACGUGGGACAUCACAAUCCCCAAGGGCAAAAGCAGCCUAAUCUCAAAUCAGAGAAUAGCUACACACCCUUUUAAGCACAUUUCUCUGAAAUCUUUCUUGUGCCCUUUGACAUACUGGGAUGUGAGCGCGCCUGCACUAAUUCUCAGCUUAGAAUGCAUCUACCACUGAACAGCUUCUCAUUCUGCCUCUGCAUCUUACUUUGGACCUCUCUGUUAGCAGGAUUAGCAGGGCCUCUUGUAGAUUUGCAGUCUGUCUUUUAGGCACAGCAAGCUCUGUGUUAAGGGAGGAACCCCUCUGACACUGAUUUCAGCAUGAUGAAUGUGGUAGGGGACACUGAUAGACAAUAGCAAUAAAUGGUCUUUUUAAUCUAACUGAGCAUACUGCAGGCUGUGCUGGUCCUCCUAAAACACCUCACGUUUCCUCUGCCCAUGUGUCUCUGAUACUCCACUUAUUUGGCAUUAAUCCAUUGGCCUUCCCCACUCCUGUGGCAUCUAUCAUCUCCUGAGAAAUACAGAUUAUUAACAAAUAAACAAAUACGUAACGUGCGAUAGAAAUUAGCUAUACUUCAAAGCACUGAGCUAAUGGUAAUAAAUGAUUGGAAACAGUCACAAUUAGAAAGCUUUUCCCAAAGUGUAGAAUGUUUAUCAGCAAGCUUCAAGGAACUAAAUAGAUUGAACUGGAAUUUGUGUUAUUUCCAGCAAAACAAAACAUGUGCAAGUGAGAAAUUCUGCUAUACCCUCAGAAUGUAAUUAACAUAUGAUUUUUCAGGCUGUAUUUAAUCUAUAAAUAUGAAAAGUGCAUCUGGGAAAUAGCGUGCUCAUUUGC